AUGAUCCUGCUCGUGGUCCUGAUGCUGUGUGCGGAGGCCGGGCGUGGAGCUGUAACUGGCACCGCGGAUCCAGAGCCGCCCUCGGUGCCUGUACCAACCAGUGUUCUAAUUACAUCUUAUAACUUUAACCCUGUCCUGUGCUGGAAAUACGAGAAUAUGUCACAGACUCCCAUUUUUACUGUACAGGUAAAGAAUUAUAGAAGUGGCUGGAUUGAUUCCUGCACCAACAUUUCUGAUCACUGUUGUAAUAUCUGUGAACAAAUUCUCCGUCCUGAUGAAUCUGUCUGGGCCAGAGUUAAAGCUAAAGUUGGACAAAAAGAAUCUGUCUAUGCAGAGUCAAAAGAGUUUAUUAUGUGCCGACAAGGGAAAGUUGGACCGCCUGGCCUAGACGUCAGGAAGGAGGAAGACAAGCUCAUUGUCCACGUGUUUCACCCUGAGGUCAUUAAAAACAGAGAAAGUUGUGGAGUCAAGUUUGAAAAUGACUGCCACACAUUCGACUACACCGUGGAUGUGAAAAGCGAUAGAAACGGGGAGAUCCUCCACACAAAGCUUACGAUCACAGAGGAAAACUGUGACGAGGAUCUGUGCCAGCUAAGCAUCCCGUUGUCUACACUGGAUUCACAAUACUGCAUUUCAGUAGAUGGAUUCUCAGAAUUCUGGCAAGUUAAAACCGAACAGUCAAAAGACAUCUGUGUUCUCCGUUUCCGCAACAACAGAAAAGAUCCAGUUUGGAUUAUGAUUGUUGUUCCUGUUAGCCUCUUUAUAAUAUGUAUCCUGGCAGUUACAUGUUGGUAUAUUAAGAAGAAUCCAUCUAAGAGAAAAAGCAUAAUGUUACCCAAGUCCUUGCUCUCUGUGGUAAGAAAUGUCACUUCAGAGACCAAACCUGAGUCACCAUACACAUCACUUGUCACAUCGUGCCAAGCGGUUGUCUUAGAGGGUGAGACGGUGAUAUGUGAAGACCAGCUAUCCCAGGUGACAGCUCCAGACACCCCAGGAGAGGCAGAACAUGAAGAAUCUUCAAAAGAAGCAGAGGCUGGCACUGCUGAAGGAAGCAUUUCUCCUGUGACCCCUGACAGCCCUCCGACUCCAGCUCCAAUACAAAGAAGCGGAUCUUUCCAGUCAAGUUCCUGCAGCAUCACAACCUGUCACUCCAGAAAUGGCUCCGACAGUGGCGUCGUGGGAUCUGGCAGCUCCCUAUCUGACUCUGGAUUUCUCCCACAUAAUAACACGGAAACAAAGAUAGCAGGGCAAGACCCCAUGCCUGUGAGAAAGGCCCCUACCUCCUUUGGUUAUGAUAAGCCACAUGUGCUGGUGGAUGUGCCUGUGGAUGGUGGGAAGGAGUCAUUGAUUGGGUACAGACUCACUGCAGAUGCCCAGGAACUGUCCCAAGGCUGCCAGAGUAUUUGAUUGGGUACAGACUCACUGCAGAUGCCCAGGAACUGUCCCAAGGCUGCCAGAGUAUUUGAUUGGGUACAGACUCACUGCAGAUGCCCAGGAACUGUCCCAAGGCUGCCAGAGUAUUUGAUUGGGUACAGACUCACAGCAGAUGCCCCACAGGAGCCUUGCCAGUGGUGAAGGGUCUGACUCCCUAGAAAGAAGUUGUACCUUGGCUGGUGCUAACCACACAGAAUGAAUGAUAUAUACCCAUGUAUAAGAAACUUACAGGCCAAUGCCGAGACUAUCAAAGGGAUGUACAUUGCUUAUGUGCUCUUC